AUGUGCGAUACUAGCACAAACUCUGCUUCCUCCUCUUCUGGAGGGUUAGCCAACAACAAUAACAACAAUAGUAACAACAAUGAUAAUAGCAGUAAUAGAAAUGAUAAUUGCAAUUCAUGUCUUAAGAGUUUUUGUAUUUACUCUCCUGUUCUCUCUGGAUGGAAAGAGGAACGAGCAAUGGAUAAUAUUCUCUAUUUUUUCCCUCCACAUAUUCCGGAAAGUGUACAAAUGAGUCAUGUUGGUUUUUGUAUAGGACUCUCCUGUUUAGCAGAACGGUUUGCGGCUUUAGUUCCUGUAAAUGAGAUUCGAACAAGUGAUGGUAUUAUUUCACUCUGUUGCCCAUUUCCGGAUCUUUGGAUAGUGGUGGAAGUCACUGCCGUGUAUGAUAGCUCAGCUGUGGUGCCAAUCUUACGAAUUGGAUUUGAUACUUUCAUCUUAAGAUGCGGCCGUUCAACCGUAGAGGCGUUGAUUUCAACAGAUGGAUCCCACACAGCGGAAGAAAUACGUUUGGCCCGGGCAUCUCUUAAGGAUUUCUUUGAGAAGUUUGCACUCUUUCUACAAACACGUGUAUUCUUGUUGGAUAUUCGUCAAGCUGUAGACAUGUCCGUAUGUUCGUUCUUAUCUACACAUACAUCUUCUUCUUCUUCCCCAUCAACACUAGGAGGAAGUAGAAAUAAUAAUAAUAAUAAUAAUAAUAAUAACAGUGGUAGUAGUAGAAUGGCUAAUGUACGACGGUGUAAACGUCGUUGGGCGGCUGUGGCGAAUGCCGAAAGUCUUCUCGCCUUUCCUGUUUUUAUUCGUCCAUCAACACAAGCCGUUCAAUUUAUGUGCCACAGUUUAGUCUAUCGUCAGUUAUCACUCUUUUUAACAGAAAUAUCACAGAGUAAUAGUGUGAAUGGAGGCAUUAGUAAUACUAGUAAUAGUAAUAGUGGUAAUAGUAACAAGAAAUCUUGUACAACUGGUUGGGGUCAAGAGUAUCUAGGUGUGGUCGCUUCUAUUAAUGUAUCCGAGUUAAAUAAAACUGCUGAAGAACGACUUGUAUGGACAAGCUGUAAAUAUAUUGUAUUUGCAGAAGAGACAUUGAAAGUAAUUGUUUCCAAUGCCUCUCAUAAACUUGUAUCACAGUUUAUUUCUUUAUUAUUGAUAGAGACAAUGGAUGCAUUAGAUUUUACUACACUUGUAGAUAAUGAGACUUUCCAUUGCUGUGUCUGUCGUUCAUCAGGUGUUAUUUUUAUUUUACUCGUGAAUUAUCAUUUACUCUCCUCUUCUACACUUGAUAUUAUGCAUCUCACCUGUCGAGUCAUCACAGAUGAUAUUGCGGAAUAUUUGGCAACUGGCAGUUGUGCCUUUAUUCGUGAAGGAGGGAAUAUUGGAUCUGUUGAGAUCCAAGGAAUGAAAUUAGGUCCUUGUAUGAUACCUCCUAUUCAUAGUAGUGGAGGAGAUUCUUCAUCUUUUUCUUUUACUAAUAAUAAUACUACUACUAAUACGAAUACUACGAAUACUAUGGGUUCAUUCUUUAGUAGUGCCCCUCCAAGUUUUCCAAAAUUACGAGAUUCAAAAUUAACGUUUCAAUGGACUGUAUGGUAUAAUGGAAUGAUUGCGGGUUCACCCAUGCGUGAAUACCCUCGAGUGGUUCAUCUCUUAAUGUCAUCCAUAAUGCGUACACUCAUUCAACGGAUAUCAGAUGUUAAUCAAAAGGAAGAUGGAAUGGAUAAUCAUAGAAAGCGAUCACCUCCCUACACUUCACUCAUACAUGAAGGGAAUACUGAUAAUAAUAAUAAUAAUAAUAAUAAUAAUAAUAAUAAUAAUAAUAAUGCUUUGGUUUGCCAUUCAAAUCUAUCUGAUGGGGUAAUUGAGGUUUGGACAUCCAUACAUGGAGCUACUUGGCUUUGUGUAACUGAACAAGAUGGUCGAGUGGGUGGAAUGGUGUUUUACAAUUACGCUCCACUGAAGAGUUGCUUUGAAAUUGUUGCCGAGUUACGUCAGUAUAUGUCUUUGCUUAUGUGA